UUUGGGGCGUCCAGAGGCAUUUCACCAGCAGUUGUCACCUCAGCAGUUGGUGGAAGAGUAGCACAUGUGCUGCUCUGAGUUGGUCUGUGUUGUAUUUAUUUUUUUCUUUUUGGGACGGUGUCUCUCUGUGAUCUUUGAUUUUGAAUAUUUUAUAUUUGGAUCAUUAAAAAAACGUCCUCUAUCCCAGAACCAGACAACCUGUUUUUGUGUUUUGUCCCAGCUGAUUCAUUUUUUGACGUCCCUGAGGCCAUCAGUGGUGUGGUGGGCUGCUGGCGCCCUUGAGGACUUUACGAGGCAGAUUGUAGGAAGUGCGAGGUGACUAGCCGUGUGGCCUGUUGAACAUCGUCAGUCGCCGAGCUGACACCAACCCUGGUCUCAAAUCCACAAAGAGAGGAUCAGAAAAGAGCUGCCCAGCUGAGGUGAAGGGGAGGGCAGAAGAUCCCAGUGGAGUGUUCAUGACCUCCCGCAGAAACGGGACCAUGAUCUGAUCUGAGGACGGUGCUGGACGCAUAGAACCCCAUUUUCCUCUCCUCCUUGUCCCUUUUUUUUUAAUGUUUUUCUUUUUUCAGUCUGAACUAAAAGCCUUUCUGUUCAGGUGCUUUAGACACAGUCAGGGUUCACAAAGAGGUCAAAGUGAAAACAAGUAAACAUCCAAAAAGGAGGAAAUACAUCUACAGCCAUCUGUGACCUCACACAUAUUCAUAUCUUCCCUGCUCCUCCCACUGCAACACCAGAACCAUGGGGAGGAAAAAGAUCCAGAUUCAAAGGAUCACAGACGAGCGCAACAGACAGGUGACGUUCACCAAACGGAAAUUUGGUUUGAUGAAGAAGGCGUACGAGCUGAGUGUCCUGUGCGACUGUGAGAUCGCUCUCAUUAUCUUCAACCACUCGAACAAGCUGUUUCAAUACGCCAGCACUGACAUGGACAAGGUCCUGCUCAAGUACACAGAGUACAACGAGCCGCAUGAGAGCCGGACCAACGCCGACAUUAUCGAGACGUUGCGAAAGAAAGGCUUUAAUGGCUGCAACAGCCCCGAGCCCGACGGCGAUGACUCCAUCGACCAAAGUCCGCUAAAUGAUCGCAAGACCGAGGACCUGGACAGCCUCUUCAAACGCUAUGGCGCUCUGAACAAGAAAGAGCACCGGGACUCUGAGAGCCCAGACCCCGAGGAGCCCUUCUCCCUCACCCCCCGCACUGAGGAGAAAUACAAAAAAAUUGACGAGGAGUUUGAUAAAAUGAUGCAGAACUAUAGGCUGUCAUCCACCGUCCCACAGUCCACCUUCCCGAUGCCGGUCACCGUCCCAGUGUCCAAUCAGAAUGCGGUGUCCGCAGCAGCCCUCCAGUUUAGCAACAAUCCGGGCGGGGCGCUGGUCACCACCACUUCCUUUGUCACCUCCUCCCUCACAGAUCCCCGCCUCCUGUCGCCACAGCAACAAGCUCUGCAGAGGAACACCGUGUCACCGGGGUUACCGCAGCGACCAGCCAGUGCAGGUGCUAUGUUAGGAGGAGAUUUGGGGAACUCAAACGGAGCGUGCCCAAGUCCAGUUCCUAAUGGCUACAUCAGUGCCAGGGCCUCCCCGGGCCUCCUGUCCGUAUCCAAUGGCAACAGCCUGGGAAAAGUAGUCCCGGCAAAGUCUCCACCUCCACCGAGCCCUCAGAUGGUCAACAGCCGGAAGCCGGACCUGAGGGUCAUCACUUCACAGAGUGGAAAGAGCCUUAUGCAGCUGACAGAGGAAGAGCUGGAGUUGGUGAGUGAGAAUUCUCAGCGGCUAGGUAGCUCGCAGGUGACUCAGCCACUUACAACUCCAGUGGUUUCUGUGGCAACACCCAGUCUCCUUGCUCCCUUUCCCGGCAUGCAGACGGCCUACAAUACCGAAUACCAGCUGACGAGUGCAGAUCUCACAGCCCUUCAGACUUUCACACCACCAGGGCUGGUGUCUGGCAACAUGGCUGCCUGGCAGCAUCAACCAGUCGUCUCCCAGCAACAACAACAGCAACAGCAGCAACAGCAGUUGACACUGGCGUCACUCAAUAACUUGGUCUUGGCUUCUCAGUCCAACUUUCUCUUGGGCAGAGAGGAGGGCCUCUGCUGGUCAGUUGGCCCCAUACCUCAGAGCACCACACUCACAGUCAACACAAACCCCAAUGUCAACAUCAAAUCGGAACCUUUAUCCCCGAACCGUGACCGCAGCACUCCCAGUUCCAUCGGCGGCCCCGGGAUGGGUGCUGGGGCUCAGGUCCAGGGACAAGGUCUGGUGUCGGUUGCCUUUCCUGGCACCCAAGGCCGUUCGCCCGUCGACAGCCUCAGCAGCAACGGCAGCUCCUACGAGGGCAGCGACAGGGACGAUGGUGCCCAGGGUCGAGGUGGGGGGCAGGACUUCCACCACCAGGCUGUAGCUGGAGCUCAGCAGUCCACCAUGGUCCUCCUGCGGCCCUCUUCAGCUGAGUCUCAGGAACAGGACGGGACAAAUGUCAAGAGAGUGAGAUUGGAUACCUGGGUGACAUAAAGAAGCAAAGAGAGGGAUGGACACAUGGAAGAAGGAGAUGUGUACUUGUGGCUUGUGUACAUGCCCCACCAGCUCUGAUGCCCCCAGUCUCCCCCUUAAAACCCCACACAGAAUACAACCACCGUUGACCCAGUAACUUACUCUUCAUGCAGGAAACUCAUUCAUGCACAACACAAGCAUGCAAACACACUCAUGUUGCACGUGUGGACACUGAUGCUCAGCUGUACGGCGAUGUACGUUCACGUUUGUACUUUGAUGUACUCAAAACAUGAAAACACCCCAGGGGGCUGAGCCAACGAUCCAGGGAUUACUCAUCAAGCAAAUUAUCAUGUUGGUCCUGAUCCAGCUGCAUUUUUAGUAAGAGUGAACAAGUACAUUUUCAAUCAGGCAUAAAAUUGGACUUUUGAACUACUUGACAGUUGUUGGCAGAGCAGGCAAACCAGACUUGGUUUCCCAGAAUGCCCUGCAUUUGGUUUGUAAAUGGAGGCGUUCCCUCACGCUUGCAUCCUCACUCUUUCCAGAUGUUGGUUAAAUAUGACAUGUCUGUGCUCUAAAAGUGCCACUGAAAACGUCCACAAAUGUUUUGCCCAUCCUCAGCUGUGUUGCAAUCACUUUAGAUUCUCCUUUCUUUGGGCGGUUUUGAGCACAAUUUCGUCCUUCUGUUUUGACUCUUCAGAGUUUAGGUUAAUUUCGGUUUUGAAUUUGAAGACACUAAAAAGGUAAACUUGCUUCUCUUCCCAGUCAUGCUGGCAGCUCUGUCAACCGUUUGACGCCUUGGCCCUGAACAUGAAAAAGGACCCUCAGGUCUUUGCUGAAUCAGAACCAUGCAGACUAGCUGUAAAACGAGGAGCAUUAUUUGUUGCCGAGGUAAAAGACUGCUUUUCAUUGAAUCAGGGAUGAGCUGCAACAGCUCAGUGACACGUGACAGAGUCUCAUCGAUUGGCCCACAUCGUGUUGACUACAGAUGCUGAGAAAGCUACGUGUGUUUGUUUUGUGUGUGUGUUUAAUUGUGUAUACGGGUUUGUUACCUCAACUGAUUGUUAUUUUUUUCUCUUUAGUAAGUGAUUUGGACAAAUGUUCCCUCUGAGUUUUAUCCUUGAACACAACUGCAAUGCACACAGCUGAAAUUAUUUUUGUGGUAGCUGAUGUUCAAAGUCGAGGGGUCGUGUGGCACCAUGUAUAUAAGCAAUCUGUAACCUUUGUGGCUUUUGUGUGGCAGGGAUUAGGUGUUUUGAAGGUUGAAAUAAAUAGGUCAUUUACAAGUAUAUAUUUAAACACCAUCAGAGGGUUGCAUCUUAGGCUAUAGACUACAGCAAACAACAGGGAUUGUAUAUAUUUAUAAAUUUCUACACACUUCUCUCUCUCUCUC